GGAUGACCGGCUGGACACUCGAGCCUAACGCCACUGUUGCGGUAUGUAAAAUCUCACUUCAUUGAAUCAAUAGACGUCGCGCUCUUGGCACCGAGGUCGCGAGAAGUGUUGCGCAUGCGGCAAUCGCAAGCUCUAACAUGGCAGCGAAGAAAGCAAAAGUGGCAUCUGCAGACGAGAAAGUCGGGCAAUCGACCGUCGUUUAUUAUUUUGGUCUUACAUUUCUAAAAGUCGAGCUGUCUUGUGCUGUCCAACUUAUCGAUGCACGACAACUAGUACCGGCGGCGGAAGAUAAGUUGAAGUGGGAGGCAUUCCUGGAUUCUGUGGACAAUGACCUGCAUUUAUAUUCGACGCUGCGUCAGGCUGUGAAGAAAGACAGUGUGAAAUUGGAACCACACUUUGAAUGUAUUCCUAUGCUUGGGGACAGGAAGAUGACGUAUAUAUAUAGACAUGAUAAAACCAUGUCAUUCUCAGAUGUAGAUAAAACCAAACUUUGGAAGACCUGUCUAUCCGAGAAUGAGUAUAGGGAAGUCAGUGAAGAGUACAAGGAGGAUGAUAGAUGUGAUAUGCUGAUUCCAUAUUUCAGGUUAAAUCCAUCCAUUCCUAAAGAGCAUCCCUUCUUGUCGUCCAAUGUUGGCUGGAAACAACGAAGGGCACGCUAUCUCAAGGAAGAGGGCUGGACACAUAGACUGGAGUGGUGUUUAAAUAAGCUAUAUGACCAAGAAUUUGCAUUUGCCAUGUGCUUUGGGGAUGAUUGGAUGCAAGUGGGUAGGUAUGACCUUGACAAAGAGUUGUGCUGGCAUCCUUUUUCUGGUACACCAGACAUCCUUGCUGGAAGUUCCAGGACAUCAGAAACACUUGUUAUGGUGGCUAAAGUCACUACAGAAGACCUUAUUGAAUGCAAAGAAUCAAACUCUGGUGGUCAAGGACAGCUAUAUGCAGCCAUGUUGUUGACUGCUGGUACUGCAAUUUUAACACGUUUGGUGAACCAGCAGGAUGACGGUGACAUUGAAACAGUGACAGUGAGAGGCCUUCUAAUAAAUAGGAAAUAUGACUGCAGCAUCUGCCAUCUAGAAGUCAAGCCAUUUGGCAAAGACUAUCCCAAAUGGAGUCAUUGCUUCAUCGUCGAUGGGGCACUGAACGAAAUGAACUUACUAUGGACGUUGAAUGAGCUAUGGAAACUUCCUACUGAAGCUGAUCAUGCCUGACUCCUGAUGAUACUCGCUACAGUGGAUGGCAUAGUCGGCCAGUAGUUAUUGUAGUGGUGCAGUUGGUUGCCUUUCUUGCUUUCAGUUUGACUGUGACAGGUUUUGCCACGUCUGGUUAGCUGAUGUCUGAUUGCUACUUAGCUAGCUGUCUACAUGUAUGAUUAACUUUAGGUUGAUAAACAUUUAUUGCACUUUAAUUAACAAAGUAUUCUAUGUGAUACAAGUAUCUAACAAAAGAUGUAUACUAUAUUUUAUGGUUGUGUACGUUGUUUCUCACAAGAGAAAAUGAUUUGUGCAAGAAUAUUAUAUCUAAUAUAAACUGUCCAUAUGUAAUGAGUCAUAGACUUCUAAUUAUUUUAUUUAAAUUAUCUUAAGACUUUGAAUCUUCUGAUUAGUUUAGUAUAAAAAAGUGAAACAAGAUACAGAACUUAAUUAAGAGAAAC